AUGUAUGGUUCUUAUCACCAAAGUAAGAAAGGUUGCAGCCCUACUCCCUUAUGUACUGCUACUACCUUUAGUACAGGUCCUCCUCAUACCUGGGCUGUUGUCUUAGUGCCACUAGCCUUUCCUCCUGUAUUCUUUACAUCGCAUCCAGAAUGAUUUUUCUCAAAUACUGAUCUGAUUAUAUGGCUUUUCAUGGUUUCCUAUUGCCUUCAGGUUAAAUUCUAAACCAGUUAGUUUUGCCCUUCAGUAUCUGGCUUCAGUCUACUUUUUCUGUCUUGACCAUACCAUGUAAAGCGGUUAUCACUGACGGUCCACCAAACUUUUGUUGACUCAUGCUUUACCUUCCAGAGUGCCCUUUCCCAGCCUUUUGCUCUUAAUUGCCCUCUCUCCUUUUGCUGUGUUCCCAUAAAAUCCUCUUUCUAUCCUCUUAUUGCUCUAUAUUGUAAUGGUCUGUUUACUGUCCUGCUAGACUGACUGCUCAUUGAUGGCAGAGACCAUACUCUUUUCUCACUAUUGCUAGUGAUCCUAAUGCCUGGCGAAUGUAGUUUGUUUCUCUCAGUGCAUUUGUUGAAUGCAGUAGACUUAGUGAAAAAGCAUUAGGUUAGAAAUUAGAUAAGUCUGUAAAUGGGUAGUUUUGCUAUCUUGGUUGUUGGGACCCUGAUUUCCUCAUUUGUAAAUUAAAUUGUUUAGAGAUGGUGCUUUUAAAUGUUCAAAGUGUCAAUUCUAAGAUUUUUAUGAACCAGAGUUCAAAUGACAAAGUUUACCGUCUUUUGGAGUAUAAAUUAUUUGAGCAUUUAGAAGUCUGUUUCAACAUAUCUAGCUAUCUAUCACUAAAACAUCUAAACAGUUGAGAAACAAAAAACAGGAAGGUCAUUGAGUAAUGUCCUCUUUCCUUUUUCUUCCUUCUACUUACUCAAGGAGAUGAUAAUUGAAACCAUUUGGGCUGGUCUGAGUCCCAAGUAUAUAUGCAAAUAUGCCCUCUAAUGGUAUGCAACGCAUUGUUGUUUCAAUCUGUUUGUCAGCAGGAGAGCUAGUUUAAUGAAACAUAACAAAAUGUCAACUCCACUGAGGUUGACACACUAUUCAAAGUUUGAAUUUUAAAAUUACACCGUUUGUAUUUAAGUUUUGAGAGUUUUAUUUUUUGAUAUUGACAAACAAGAUACAGUAUUGCUAUUUGGUGUAUUUUAUUUCUUGGAGAAUUGUUUAAUUUUCCUUGGUAAGCAUUUUUUUUUUUAAAGCUACCCAGAAACUUUCUGACAAAAAUUGAAAUGAUAGUUCUUCUAGAAACUAAAGGCAAAUAACUUUUUCUUGCUCUUCAUGGCCUCAGGUUAAUAGAUGUGGAGAGGUUGAAACCUAAGUUGCCCCCAGCAUUUCACCCCUUUUGGGUGCUUAUGAGCUAUUUCAUAAAUAACUUUCCUCAUUUCUAGUUAUCAAGAUAAUCAGAGCCUAGGGGCAGUAAAUCCAGACAGAAGCCAUCUCUUUGGUCAAGUUAUUGUUUUGAAGCCUUAAUAAAACCAUUAAGGCUGCUUGAGUCAAUGACCCAUAUGGUUGUGUGCUUGAGACUUCAGCUCUGAUGGACUAUAGUAGCUUCACCGCAUCUCUGCCCAAUUUAAGAGUCUCCUGUUGUGAAAUUUAUGUUUAAGUUCAUAGUUAAAUUUGUUUAAGCACUCUCCUUCAAUUAAAGGGGAAUAAUUGAAAAAUAUUUAGGAAAUUUUAUUUUCAAAUUAAAUAUUAUAAAAUUCUGCUUUUGUAUAAACUUUGACAUACGUAGAUGCUAAGUUGGGCAGCGAAGACAGGAUAUUAGAAUUUGUUUUUUAGUUUUAAAUUAUUGUACCUUUUAAUUAAUGAAGUUGAUGCUUUGUAUUUUAAUAUGUUAAUCCCUAACAUAUACACUGUAAUUGUCAAAUGUGUAGUAAUGUAUAAAAUUUGACCUAUGCUUAGUGUUAAUGAUGUAAUAAAAUUGAUAAUAUAAUUCUGGAAAAUGACUUCCAUUUUGAAAAUAUUUUCCAAAGACUGUUUUUGAAACAUAUAUGAAAAAGAGUAAUUGGUGAAAUAUUUUCCCAAAAUUUUAAAAUUACGUUUCUAAAAGAUUAUAUAGAUUCUUACAUUGGGCUAAAAAUGACAUAUUUUCUCUCAGUAAUGCGUAUAUAGUCACCUAGCAGCAGAUACAUUCCAGAAAAGAUUUAGAGCUGUGUUAGAAAGUUGGAAGAAUACUUUUAUUAUAUAAUAACACAGCAUAUAGAUGAGGGUUUUAGAAAGUAUUUUCUGCUUCAUUUAAAAAGAGGGACAUGGCAUAGUGAAGUAAAGGAAUGGAGUCUGAUUACACUUUUGCAUUGAGCAUUUUUUAAUCGAACAGUAACUACAAUACCAAGAAUAUGCCAGCCAUACUAUAGUGUUUGUUCUUCUUAGGGUCCUUUGACUCCAUAUUUGUUCAGUCGCUGAGUUCUACAAUAAUAUCUCUAGAACUCAUUUCUCUCUUGGGUACCGGAAAUACUACUGUAAUUUAAAGCUUCAUCAUGUCUUGUCUGGAUUAUUGCAGAAACCUAGUUGAUAUUUCUAAUUCUAGUCAAUCCAGUUUGCUUAUUUUUUUGUUUGUUUGUUUUUGUCUUCACAUACAUCCUAGAGAAUGGGUCUGUAAGCAAUAUCUCAUUAUGCUUAGUGAUUUGGAGGAAGGGGAGAGAGUUGGGCCAGAUGUUCCCCUUACCCAGUUCAUCGUAUCUACUACAUACACCUUCCAGACCACUCUUUAUGAAAUACCAUUUAAUAGCUGUGACAUUUAUUGGAUGUGACUAAGAUAUGAUUUCUGUUCUUAAACAGCUUACACUCUAAUAAAUUGUUAUAUCAUAUGUGUUUGUGAGAGAUUGUGCUAAAUGCCCUUAAAGAUUCUGUGAUAAUAUCACUUAUUUUAUUCAAGGCUGGGUUGAGAUCCACUUUGUCCAAAACACUUUCCCUGACAAAAAAAAAAAAAAAAAAAUCUUUUGCAUUUAAGUCUGUGAUCUCAAAUAGACCAACCUUCUGACACACUUGCUAAUAUUUUUCUUGGCCUUGUUCUAGCUGAAAGAGUUCUUUGUAAUGGCGUUCAUUGUAUGGAUAUUGCAGAGCUUCUAUCACAAACCAUAAGAAAAUCGAUAGUAAAUUCAAGUGAUAGGAAAUGUGAAAGAAAAAAGGUAAAAAUGUAACCCUCGAUGUUAGAGUACUAUUAAAAUAGUCUAGACCUUAACCCAAUUGGUAGAGUUUAAGGCAUUAAAAUAUUUACAGAUAAAACCUUACUUGAAGCAGGCUUGGUAUAUAUUUUAAGAGCCAUUUUUCAUUUUUUCCCUCUUUUUUUAAUUAGGCAGUUGAUCUUUUGCUAAUUGAUUUAUAGGAACUAUCUCUCUGCAUUGUCAAAUAAGUAAAUUAUCUCUGAUGUUUAAAAAAAAUAAUAUUGUAUUUUCAGUCUCUUUGAGUUACAGGUACUUUUUGUAUUUAACUUUGCCUUUUUUGACUUUGUGGAAGCGCUGAUGGCUUAGUGGUUAAGGACUACAGCUGCUAACCAGAAGGUCGGCAAUUUAAAUCUACCAGCCGCUCCUUGGAAACUCUAUUGGGGCAGUUUUCUGUCCAGUAGGGUCACUGUGAGUCGGAAUCAACUCGACGGCAAUAGAUUUGGUUUGGUUUUGAUUUAACUUUAUGUUGUUUUUCUAUGCAGAAAUUGGAUUUUUUUUUUUUAACUUUGUUUUUCAGUCUUUUACGGUUUGUAAGAUUGAUGUCAGUUUUUAGAAAGGCCUUCUAGUAGCAGUAAUAAUAACAAUGACGUUAACAACAUAUAGUACUAACAUUGAUUGACUGCUUACUCUGUACCAGGCACAGUUCCUACCCGCAGCUUGAUGAGGUAGGUUGAAUUGUUAGCUCCAUUUCAUAGAAGAGGAAAUAGAGGUGCAGAAUGGUUAAAUAACCUCCUCAGAAGUCAUACAGCUAGUAGAUGGCAGAGACCAGAUGCUAACCCAGGCAGUUUGGGUCCCGAGUCCAUUCUCUUAAACCAAUAUGCUACACUACUCCCUCUUAAGUUUUUAUACUUUUUUAGUGUACUUUUUUGUGUGUGGUGGGGGAUGGUGGGUAUAUUAGGUUUGCCGUAGCUGUCCAACUUUACUUUUGAACUGCUUCGAUUAGUUGCUUGGAAGACUUUUUGGAUAAAAUUAAUGAAUAUAUGUAGAGAUGAUAUAACAUUAGCUUGAAUAGAUGCUUAUUCUAAAGCUUAUUCAAACAAGUAAGAUCUAAUAGCAGAAAAACAAUAGCUUACUGGAGCUUUGAAUUGUAAUUUUUCCUGUUGGAUUUUAUUAAAUGUUCAAAUACUAUCUACAAACACUUGUAAGUUUUUCCAUGAUUCUGUAAACCUCAGCAGAGCCCUGGUGGCACAGUGGUUAAGAGCCACAACUGCUAACCAAAAGGUUGGCAGUUUGAAUUCACCAGCUGCUCCUUGGAAACCAUAUGGGGCAGUUCUACUCUGUCCUGUAGGGUCUCUAUGAGUCGAAUCGACUGGACAGCAACUGGUUUGGUUUGUUUUUUUGUUUUUUGUUUUUUAGGUAAGAGAAGGAGGAACCAGCAAAGGGGACCAUGUAAGGACUGAUUGAUCCUUAAGGUAGAAGUAAAGCAGGGGAGAGUGGUUAGCCAUUUGAGAUACUGCUAAGAUUUAAGAUGAGGACAGAUAAUUUGGCAGCGUGGAAUGAUCUUGAUAAUGGUAGGUUUCGCUGUGGAAUAGGCUGGAGGAGAAGUCAGAUGGAAACUGUGGGAUAUGAGAAAAUAGAAACAGUGAGAACAAGUCUUUCGAAAGGUGGCUAUGAAUAUGAGAAAGGGGCAGGAGGGCUGCAGGAAAAGGGUAAAUUGUUAGUUUUUAGAAAGAUGAAAGAUUUGUAGGUGUUGCAGUGCUGGUGGAAAGGUUUUUAAUAGAGAAUAGGUUGAAUAAGAUGUAAGAAAGAGGCUAUUUUAUGUUGAGAUUACUAAAGCUCAAAGAGGAUGGGCCCUGAAGCACAGAUAGAGGGGUUUGCUUUAUAUUGUAGCUGUGCUCCAUUAGUAGAGGAUGCAGAAAAAAGAGGCUUAGUGAGUUUGCGGGUGGCAAGUGAGGGAGUUCCCAUUUGAUGGUGUUUAUUUUUCUGUGAACUGGAAGAUGUCAUCUCCUGAGUGGAGAGUUGGAAGUUUGGUGGGGGGUUGGAGAUGUGAGGAGGAGGGAGAAGAUCUGAGUUAGCCAUUGUGGAGUGUAGGGGAGGGAUAGAUGAGCAAAAAUUAAGAAUUGUUGGACAUUGUUGAAGGCCUACUGGAAGUUGGUAGUGACAGCAUGAGUCAAAUGUUCUUUUCUAGUGACUUUCAGGCUAGUUCUGCCUUUACACUUAUUGUAGUUAAUGUUGUUUAAUUAUUCACUACCGUAGAGGAAGAAAGGCCUGGGGAUCUACUUAAGAAAAUCAACCAAUGAAAACCUGUGAAUCUGCAACCGAUCAUGGGAAUGGCACAGGAUUGAGUGUUCUGUUAUGCAUGGGGUUGCCAUGAGUCGGGGACCAUCUCAGUGGCAGCUAACAACACCCGCUACCACCCUAGCAUUAAAAAAUAGGGUGUGAUAGGUAUACAGCUGGUCGUUACCAUGGUGAUGGCCAGUGUCAUGCAGAAGAUUAUACCUCACUACUCUCUUGCUCGAUGGCUACUCUGUAACGGCAGCUUGAGGUGGUAUCAACAUCCUACAGAAGAAGAAUUACGAAUUCUUGCAGGGAAGCAGCAGAAAGGGAAAAGCAGAAAAGAUAGGAAAUAUAAUGGUCACAUUGAAAGUAAGCCAUUAACCAUUCCAAAGGAUAUUGACCUUCAUCUAGAAACAAAGUCAGUUACAGAAGUGGAUACUUUAGCAUUACAUUACUUUCCAGAAUACCAGUGGCUGGUGGAUUUCACAGUGGCUGCUACAGUCGUGUAUCUAGUAACUGAAGUAUACUACAGUUUUAUGAAGCCAACUCAGGAAAUGAAUAUCAGCAUAGUUUGGUGCCUGCUUGUUUUGUCUUUUGCAAUCAAAGUUCUAUUUUCAUUAACUACACACUAUUUUAAAGUAGAAGAUGGUGGUGAAAGAUCAGUCUGUGUUACCUUUGGAUUUUUUUUCUUCGUCAAAGCAAUGGCAGUAUUGAUUGUAACAGAGAACUAUCUGGAAUUUGGACUUGAAACAGGGUUUACAAAUUUUUCAGACAGUGCGAUGCAGUUUCUUGAAAAGCAAGGUUUAGAAUCUCAGAGUCCUGUUUCUAAACUUACUUUCAAAUUUUUUCUGGCUAUUUUCUGUUCACUCAUUGGGGCUUUUUUGACAUUUCCUGGAUUACGACUGGCUCAAAUGCAUCUGGAUGCCCUGAAUUUGGCAACAGAAAAAAUUACACAAAUAUUACUUCAUAUCAACUUCUUGGCACCUUUGUUUAUGGUUCUCCUCUGGGUGAAACCAAUCACUAAAGACUACAUUAUGAACCCACCAUUGGGAAAAGAAAGUAUCCCUUUAAUGACAGAAGCUACAUUUGAUACUCUACGACUGUGGUUAAUAAUCCUGCUGUGUGCUUUGCGGUUGGCCAUGAUGCGUAGUCACAUGCAAGCUUACUUAAACUUAGCCCAGAAAUGUGUGGAUCAGCUGAAGAAAGAAGCAGGACGAAUAAGUACUGUUGAGCUACAAAAAAUGGUGGCUCGAGUGUUUUAUUACCUUUGUGUCAUUGCACUGCAGUAUGUGGCACCUCUGGUAAUGCUGCUUCACACAACUCUGCUUCUGAAAACACUAGGUAAUCAUUCCUGGGGAAUUUAUCCAGAAACGAUUUCUUCCUUGCCAGUGGAUGGUGGUCUGCCCUCCAAUUCUGUUUACCCUGAAUUACCAGCUGCUGAUGGGAAGAUGAAGGUAACUGUUACACAAAUAACAGUGGCACUGAGCAGCUUAAAAAACAUUUUUUCUCCUCUGCUUUUCCGAGGACUUCUGUCUUUUCUGACCUGGUGGAUUGCUGCUUGCCUGUUUUCUACAAGCCUUUUCGGGCUUUUCUAUCACCAGUAUCUGACUAUGGCAUGAACCUCAGUUAACAAUAAAGGGUAUACAAGUCACACAUUAAAUUCAAAUAUUUGUGCCCUUGAAGGGUUGAAGAAAAUUAGAAGAAAGCAAGCAAACACAAAGGAAAAAAAAGCAUAUCAGAGUAUCUUCUUGUUUUAAAUGCUUCCUCUGUAUUCUCAGGGUGAAUUAACGUUAUUUAAAAUCACAGAAUAAAUUGUUAACUAUUGUACUGUGGCAUUGGAAUUUUAACUCUUUGUAUUAACUGGUGUGAGAGGGCUAUCUACAAGGGUAAUACUUUUGAUUACCUUGGUUUACAGAAACCCUUAGCAGUCUUUGAAACUUCUCAUAUGACUCCAGUUAUUGAUUGAUUGCUCUUAAUAGUAUUAAGGUACUGUUAAUACUCAGUAGUGGCUGCCUAUAGAACAGUCUUCAAACUGAGCCAUGCUUUGGGGGAGGGAAGGGAGCGAAAGUCUCUUCUGUUGGUAAUGUUUUUUCUUCAGAUAACGAAAAAUCCAACAGAAAGGAAGAAAUAGCUGCUGUAUAUUACAGUAAAGAAAGCUGUGUAGUUAUUUUAAAUUUAAUGGAGAUGUACAUGCUUAAUGUCUACAAGUACUGCUGCUUGAGAGUAGCAAGAGUAUUGUUUUAAAAUGUGUUCUAUUCAGCUUGAGAGUUCUUUUGAAAUGAUUGGCCGUAUGAACAUUUGCAGUCCUACUUUUAGGUUUGGGUCUCCCGUAUUUUAUUUUAUUCUAUGAUCCUAAAUAGUUCUUUUUAAUAGCCUAAAAAUAUUUAUCAAUACUGAUCAAACUUUUUUAAAAAAAUUACUCUGUAAUCCUGCUGACUACCUGUAUGUAUUGUAUAUAUAUUAUAUAUUAAAUAUAUAAUAUAUUGAGAUUAUAAAAGAUGAAAAUAUUGGAUCUUUAUAAUAUUUUAAGUUGCUGAAUGUAUGUUGAAAAAAAUGAUUGAAUGAGAUGUAUUUGUGUCUAGAAAAUUUCUUCCUUUUUGGAAUGAGAUUAAAAUACAUUUUGAAAGUU